AUGAACACCAAGAUUAUUAUUUCCUUGUUCCUCAUCUUUAGUGCCUCCGUUGCCUUGAGCGCCAGCUUGAACUCCUACCCAUUCAGUCUGACCCAGGACAAGACUGCCACUUGGACCGAUGGUGAUGGAAAUGUCUUCUCAACAUUCGACUGCCACUUGAUCAAUUUGUCAGAGCAGACUGUCACACUCACCGAGGUCAUCGCCAACCGUGCACCAGUUGCAGUCUGGGGCGCUCUCUCCUACUCCGAGUCCAAGAAGUUCGGUCUCCAAUCAUGGGCUCAACAGAUCCAACCAAACCAAACCAUCAACUUUGGUUACCUUGUCGAGUGUGCCAACCCAAUUAGCUGGAGCUACUGUGUUCCAAACGCUGAGGCACCAGCCUCCAAGAAGUAA